AGCAGCGGAAGCGGAUUGUCUGUUUUUCAUUUCCGAGUGACCUAUUUAGCGUCUCACAUUAGCAUCAGUUGAUAAUCAGCGUCGAAAACAAUGGAAGUGGCUUUAGUUGAUAUAAUAAUGUGUUAAUUUGAUUAGUAUAUUUAGACUGUUCGUCGCAGAGGAAGCAGCGCUCAGUAAAUGAGUUUUAUUAGCCCGAAGCGUAUGAAAACAUAGCAGCCAUUGUUAGCUUGUUUAUUUGGGAAGGUGAUUGCGGUUAAAAAAAAGAGAUGUCUGUGCUAGCUGCGUUUUAAAUGAUUGCGUGUUAUUCAGCUUGUUUAUACUAGCUAAUCAUAAUUUCCUGAUCUAUUAACGCUCACGCAGAAAAAGAGUUUUCCUUCUUUAGCACCCUUGGAUGUUCAGCGUGUCAGGAAGUGAGCCCACAGCCCCAUGUCUGCGGAGGCUUCAGUCGGCGGUCGUGAUGCCGACUCCGUCCGGUCUGCAGCGCCCCAGCCUGCCUGCCACAGCACAGAUGAGCGCAGAAAUCCGGGCCUGAUGGGCAGCAAGUACGUCAAGUUAAAUGUUGGCGGUUCGCUGCACUAUACGACCAUCCAGACGCUAAGCAAAGAAGACAGUCUUCUGCGAAGCAUUUGCACUGGAAUAACAGCUGCUACCAUAGACUCUGAAGGUUGGGUGGUUUUGGAGAGGUCUGGCCGACAUUUUGGACUGGUUUUGAACUUCCUUCGUGACGGUUCGGUACCACUUCCAGAAGACCACAGAGAACUUGAUGAGGUCCUAAAGGAGGCCCAGUAUUACAGAGUACAAGGACUAGUCCAGCACUGCCUCAAUGCCAUGCAGAAACAACAGAAUAUUUUUGAAAGUGUGUGCCGCAUCCCAAUGAUCACAUCAGCCAAAGAAGAGCAGAAGAUGAUCGCUACAUGUAGAAAGCCAGUAGUCAAGCUCCAAAACAACAGGGGAAACAACAAAUAUUCUUAUACUAGCAACUCUGAUGACAACCUGCUGAAGAACAUCGAGCUGUUCGACAAACUUGUGCUCAGGUUCAACAACCGCGUCCUGUUUGUCAAAGACGUCCUCGGUGAUGAGAUCUGCUGUUGGUCUUUCUACGGUGAAGGCCGCAAGAUCGCAGAAGUGUGCUGCACCUCCAUUGUAUACGCGACUGAGAAGAAGCAGACCAAAGUUGAGUUUCCUGAGGCGCGGAUAUUCGAAGAAACACUCAAUAUCCUCAUCUAUGAGAACAACCGAUCGGGUCCAGGAGACUUCCACCUUUUAGAUUCGAGAGGCUCCGGUUCAUCACUCGGAGCUGGCCAAUCAGAGGAGGAGGGUGCCGCGGGAGGGGACAGACGAGUGCGGCGGAUCCAUGUAAGAAGGCACAUAAUGCACGACGAAAGAGGACAUGGCCAGCAAACUGUGUACAAGGACUAACUGUGACAAAAAUACGGCAUGGAAAAGUUAUUCAAGAUGUUUUCUGAAAGUGUGAAAAGUCAGCUGUGACUGAAACCGGUAGAAUAUUAUUUCACAUGUUAAAACCUCCCGCAUGUUACUGAAUGAGCCUCAAAACCCAUUUCUCUCGUAGAACCGGCCACCUGCCAUGGAUAUGGGUGUUAAUAGUUUGUAGUGGCAGCUUUGUCUGUGUUGAAUAUGUAGGAAACAUUUAUCCAGGCUGUGAUACAUCUGGUUUCUCUGUUGGAGAAAGAUGGUACUGCUGAGCAGAGACUGACUGACAGAAGUCUGUGAAGUUGAGCCUCAACAUGUUAACACUGGAAUUAAAAAGAUAAGCCAUGUUUUCGGUGAGAUUGUUGAGCAGCUCAGUUUUCUGUGUUUAAAUUAUUAUAAAUGCUGCUUCAAGCUUUCUUUUUUUAUUAAUUUAUAAACUUAAUUUAUUGUUUGGUAUUUAACUUUUGCAAAUGAAAUCAAUCUGUGUUACCUGAUGCUUGAGUGAGUUUGAAUUCUGCUGCUAUUAAGUGCACUCCUCUGCACUUAGCAGAUUGUGAAUUUGUUUGCCUAGAUUAAUACAACCUGAACUAUUUGCUUUAGUUCAGUGCUUAAAAAAAAAAAAGAAAGAGCUGUGACUGUUUUCUUUGCAUGUUUUCUGAGCCAUGUUCACACACUUUUGCUUUAUCUUUUACAAAAUCCCAGGAUUUUGCUUAAAUGAAUUUUUCUACAGUCGGUAGAAAUGUAUUGACUUUAUUGUCAUUUUAGAGAGGUUAAGGUACUAUUUUCUUUCUAAUUUUCACUGGUGGUAACCUAAGCACUCUUAAAAGUACGAAGGAAAAAAAACACAUUGAAUGCUAAUAAUAUGUAUGUACUUCCCUUUACCUUGAAAAAUGCACUAAUUCAACUUCCGUCCUGGAAAUGUUCAAAAUAAAUUGCUUAUGAAAUCCA